CUCCCUCAGAAUUUGAAUUCCCUGAAACCUAAGACUUGUUUGUCACCCGUAUUAGUCAGAAGUGAAGGAAAUCCACGUUUUUGUCAGGUUAUUCUUAGUUUGUUCGACGUCACUGAAGUUGAAAGAUCGGCGUUGGAUGAAUUCAUGUUGAGUGGUGUUGUGCAGGUUGUCAUCAGUGUUUGUGUUUGUUUGAUUUCGUUCUUGCAAGAGAAAACUGUGGGUGUUUCCUUUUACAAACCACGGAGACGGACUGAAGAUCUUGUGAUGACUGUAAUGGCAGUAUCCAUCAACGAGAUAUGUGAGAACACGAAGCUGGCAAGAGAGAUGGCGUUGAUGGGUAACUACGAGACUUCCUCUGUUUACUACCAAGGUGUCAUCCAGAAUAUCCAGAAACUUCUCAUCUCCAUUGCUGAUAACACGAGGAAAGCCAAGUGGCAACAAAUCCAAAAGCAAGUUGUGUCGGAGUAUGAGCAGCUGAGUGCAGUCACAAACACCCUGCAGAUGUUCAGGCUGGGCACGCAGAUCGAUAGGCCUAUUGGCACCAUGUUGCGCAAUUCCAACACUCAGUUCCUAGAGGAGCCGACCCGAGAUGCUGCGUUGUGGUUCGGCACCCCCAAAGACCCUGAUAUUUGGCCCCCGCCUGACAGGGAUCCUGAUGUGUGGCCCCCGCCUACACCAGCUGAUCACAGGGGCAAUUUACCAGUGAAACCGGCCAGAAAUCAGCAGAAGAAGACGGACACAAAGUCUGCCAAUAGAAACCAGAAGACAUCAACUCUCACAAGAAAGAACGAUGCCAAAAGUGGAGUGAGACGGAGCGUAGACCCCAGAGCACCGUCUGCGGCAGUGAAGAAAGAAAACAACGGAAACAAUGUUACCAACAAUGAGAAACAAGACAAGGAGAAAGAAGAUAAAGAUAACAAAGAGGCUCAGCCAGAGGAGAGGAAGUUUGACCCUUCGGGCUACGACCACGACCUCUGUGAGAUGCUGGAGAGAGACAUAGUCCAGAAGAAUCCCAACAUUAAAUGGGACGACAUCGCAGACCUUCAUGAGGCCAAGAGAUUGUUAGAAGAAGCUGUUGUCCUGCCUAUGUGGAUGCCAGAAUUCUUCAAGGGUAUCAGGAGGCCAUGGAAGGGAGUGCUGAUGGUGGGUCCCCCGGGCACAGGCAAGACCAUGUUGGCCAAGGCUGUGGCUACAGAGUGUGGGACGACGUUCUUCAAUGUCUCCUCUUCCACUCUCACCUCCAAGUACCGUGGGGAGUCCGAGAAACUAGUCCGUCUAUUGUUUGAAAUGGCCCGGUUCUACGCGCCAUCAACCAUCUUCAUAGAUGAGAUAGAUUCACUGUGCUCCAGGCGAGGGUCUGAGUCGGAGCACGAAGCCAGUCGCCGAGUAAAGUCAGAGUUGCUGGUGCAAAUGGACGGCAUCAGCAGCACUGAAGAGGCUGGCAAGGUGGUGAUGGUACUGGCUGCGACCAACUUUCCGUGGGAUAUUGAUGAAGCGUUGCGGCGGAGAUUGGAGAAACGAAUCUACAUACCUUUGCCUAACAGCGAAGGACGAGAAGCACUUCUCAAAAUCAACCUGAGAGAAGUGAAGCUUGAGUCUAAUGUCAACCUGAAGGACAUUGCUGGCAAGCUGAAGGGUUACUCUGGUGCUGAUAUCACCAAUGUCUGCAGGGACGCAUCCAUGAUGUCUAUGAGACGCAAGAUCGCCGGGCUGCGGCCAGACCAAAUAAAACAGUUGGCCAAGGAGGAGCUUGACCUGCCAGUGUCCAUGCAGGAUUUCUCUGAGGCCAUCUCAAAAUGUAACAAGAGUGUGAGCAAAGAGGACCUCGACAAGUAUGAGAAGUGGAUGAGCGAGUUUGGCUCCACGUGAUAGUGGAAUGGAGAGUCGCCGGGCGACUCAUCAUGAGUUAAGUGGCCUGUCGGAACACUGAGGUUCUGUCUACUCGGCGCAGCGCGACCGACAAAACUUAGUGGUUCAACGACAUUUUACUAUUUUUUUCAUCACCGCCUUAAAAUGUAGAUCGUAACAAGUAAUUAAUCUGCAAUCGUAUCACAAUCUCUUUAAUUAUCUAAGUUUUUUUUCUGAUUUGAAGAUAAACGGAAGACAAUACAAUGUAAUAUUUCUUAACACGCUCAGAUUACUGAUAAUAAACACAACGGUUGUGUAACGGCCUCGUACUUAAGCAGUGUUAAAGUCAAUAUUUAUUGUUGGGAGUUAGAUUACAUAAGUUGUUGCUAUUUGGAUUGUUUUAAAUCUCUGAUGCAAUUAAUAUGUGAGUUUUCACAGUUUAUGAAAUAAACUUAAUU